GAUUAUUUAUUUAUUUAGAAGAAAAUUUCAAAACAAACUUUUGGAAAUGAAGCAAAUGUAUGAGUUUGACCCGUCAUCAGUUGCUUUGGGCUAUGGCGAAUACGGCUCACAACAACCUCAAUGCUAAACUCGUCUUACUUGGAGACAUGGGCGCCGGUAAAUCGAGCCUUGUGAUACGUUUCGUGAAGGGACAAUUUCUUGAAUUCCAAGAAUCAACGAUCGGGGCAGCCUUCUUCUCACAGACUGUUUCCGUGAACAAUGCCACUGUGAAGUUUGAGAUCUGGGACACUGCUGGGCAGGAGAGGUAUCAUAGCUUGGCUCCCAUGUAUUAUAGAGGUGCUGCUGCUGCGAUAAUCGUUUACGACAUCACUAGCUCGGAUUCGUUUGCAAGGGCAAAGAAGUGGGUGCAGGAACUACAAAAGCAAGGUAAUCCUAACAUGGUUAUGGCACUGGCUGGAAAUAAAUGUGAUCUUGAAGAUAAGAGGAACGUGACUGCAGAAGAGGCACGUGCUUAUGCUGAUGAAAAUGGUCUUUUCUUCUUGGAAACCUCUGCGAAAACUGCAGUUAAUGUCAACGAUAUAUUCUAUGAAAUAGCAAAGAAGUUACCUAGAGCUCAACCCACCCAGAAUCCAGCAGGAAUGCUCUUGGUUGAUAGACCGGCAGACGGACUCGUGCUGCAUCAUGCUGUGGUUAAGAACUGCCUGGAAAAUAACUGUACCUUUCCUUGGAUGUUGCCACACCUGAGACUUGUUAUGCUCUGCUUCUCGUUCGAAGCUGUAAAUAUACUAGUUUUCUUAUGGUAUUCUUCAACACCUUAGACAAUAUUUCUCUAUCUUGUGUUACUUGUGUCAUCGUCAAAUACGCACUAUAUUCUAUGCCUAGAAAUAGAAUGAUAUCAAAAUUUAAAUA